AGUAAACGGCGCGCAGCCCGGCAUGCCGCACGUCCCGCCAUGCUCCCCCCCCUCGCCAACGCCUCCUCGAUCCGCUGCCAGGACGGGCUGGUGCUGCCCUGCUGGCGCCCCCUCGACGGCGUCGCGACGCUCGACCGCGCCGGCCGCGGCCUCGUCUACUUCCUGUUGCUCGCCUAUCUCUUCGUCGGCGUCUCCAUCAUCUCCGACCGCUUCAUGGCCGCCAUCGAGGUGAUCACGUCGCAGGAGCACGAGGUGGCGGUGCGCCGUCCCGACGGCGCCGGCGUCCACAUCUACGUGGUGCGCACGUGGAACGAGACCGUCGCCAAUCUGACGCUGAUGGCGCUCGGCAGCAGCGCCCCCGAGAUCCUGCUCUCGGUCAUCGAGAUCUACGCGAAGAAUUUCCAGGCGGGCGACCUGGGGCCCGGCACCAUCGUCGGCUCGGCCGCCUACAAUCUCCUGGUGAUCAUCGCCAUAUGCGUGUCGGUGAUACCCGACGGUGAGGUGCGCCGCAUCAAGCACCUGGGGGUCUUCUUCGUGACCGCCACGUGGUCGGUGUUCGCCUACGUGUGGCUGUACGCGAUCCUCUGCGUAUUCUCGCCGGGCGUCGUCGAGAUCUGGGAGGGUCUCCUGACCUUUUGCUACUUCCCACUGACCGUUCUCACCGCCUACGCGGCCGACAGGAAAAUCUAUAAGUUCGUCAGCAAAGCGUACAGGACGAACCGCCGCGGGGUGAUCGUCCAGGCGGAGAGCGGCGACGACCUGGAGCUCGGCGAUUCCGAGCUGCUCGCCGAAGACGACGUCCACCAGGACAUCCGGCAGGAGUACAUAAAAACGUUGAAGGAGCUGCGCCAGCGCAACCCGCACGCCGACCUGGGGGUGCUCGAGAAGAUGACGCACGAGGCGCUGUUGAACGCGGGCCCCAAAUCGAGGGCCUUCUACCGCAUCCAGGCCACCAGGAAGCUGACGGGCGGCGGGGAUCCGCUGCGCAAGGCGGCCGAGCGCGCCCGCAGCGACCUCAGCGAGGUCAAAUCGGAGAUCAGGAAGGAGACCGGCGAGGACGAGUUCGACCAGGAGACCUGCAGGGCCUUCUUCGAGCCCGCCAGGUACGCGGUGCUGGAGAGCUGCGGCCGGUUCGAGGUGAGAGUGGUGAGGACGGGGAACGUCGACGCGGUGCUGGAGGUCGGUUACGCCACGGAGGACGGCACGGCGCAGGCGGGAAGCGAUUACGUCUCCGCCGAGGGGAGGAUCGUGUUCGCACCUGGUGAAAAGGAGAAAAGGAUCCGCCUGGAAGUCAUCGACGACGACGUCUUCGAGCCGGACGAGCACUUCUACGUGCGGCUGUCCUCCACGCUGCCGGAGCACUCGCUGGGCUCCCCCUCGCUAGCCACCUGCAUCAUCCUCGACGACGAUCACGGCGGCGUGUUCGAGUUCGAGCGGCAGAAUCACCAGGUGGUGGAGAGCAUCGGCCAGUGCGAGGUGAACGUGGUGCGGUGCUCGGGGGCCAGAGGAAAGGUCUCGGUGCCCUUCUGGACGGAGGACGGGACCGCCAAGGAGGGGAAGGAGUACGGGAGGCAGGAGGGACGGCUGGUGUUCGACGACAACGAGUUCGAAAAAUCCAUCCUUCUGACGAUAAUCGAAGAAGACAGCUACGAAAAAGACGUCCUUUUCUACGUGCAAUUAGGAGAACCCGAAAUGACUGGGGAAUUAGCCAGUUUAGCGGAGCAGGCCGAGAAGAAAAACCCCGAAGAUCGAACGGAAAGCGAGAAAAUCGCCCUAUUGGGGAAACCCCGAUUAGGCGAUAUGAAACGCGCCCAAAUCAGGAUCAAGGAAAGCAAGGAGUUCAAGAACACUGUGGAUAAGCUGGUGCAACGGGCCAACGCCUCCUUGUUGAUCGGCACCACCUCUUGGAAGGAGCAAUUCCUCGAAGCUCUCACGGUGACGCCCAACGGAGACGACGACGACGACGGCGGCGACGUCGGCGCCGGCGACGUCCGAAAACGCCCCUCUUGUCUCGACUACGUCAUGCAUUGGGUCACGUUGUUCUGGAAGAUACUCUUCGCCUUCGUCCCGCCGACCGGUAUUUUUAGGGGUUAUUUGUGCUUCCUGGUGUCGAUAAUUUGCAUCGGCCUGGUGACGGCCGUCAUCGGCGACGCGGCGUCGCAUUUCGGCGCCACUUUAGGCGUCGAGGACGCCGUGACGGCCAUCGUCUUCGUGGCUUUGGGCACCAGCAUACCCGACACGUUCGCCAGCAAGGUGGCCGCCAUUCAAGACAAACACGCCGACGCCAGCAUUGGAAACGUGACGGGAAGCAACGCCGUGAACGUGUUCUUGGGCAUCGGCGUCGCCUGGUCCAUAGCCGCUGUCUAUCACCACCUCAACGGGGAUGUCUUCCACGUCGAUCCCGGAAACCUGGCCUUCUCCGUGACCAUCUUCUGCAGCGAAGCCCUCUUCGUGAUACUGGUGCUGUCGCUGCGCCGGGUCAAGUUCAUAGGCGGAGAACUGGGGGGGCCCAAGUGCCCCAAAUACUUCACCUCGGGCCUCUUCUUCUGCAUGUGGCUGCUCUACCUGGUGGUCUCCUCCUUGGAGGUGUACGGGGUCAUACAUGGAUUUUAAUUCGGAUCGAGAGACUACCGGAAGGAAUAUCAUAUUAUAUUAAAUUGGAAUGGAAUGAAUAAUCGAAUGAAUCGGUCAUCGAAUAAUCGGAAUAAUCGAAUGGAUAGGAUUAAUUUUAGCAUAAUAUGUUUAAAUUGCUGAUUGUUAUACAUGUAUUGUGUAAGAUAUAACUGAUAUUUUUUAGAACAAAAUGGAGCUUUUUAAUAAUGUAUAUCAUUACAAUAAUGUAUCUUGAAAACGAACAAAAAAUGAAGUAGUUACUGAAUGUUUCCUGGAUAUCGAAUAGUAGUUAAAAAUUGUUAGGAAAAAAAGUCACACUUAUUUUUGUACAAGUAGAAAAUCCGGUUUUUUGUCCAGUCAUUUUGCCCAUUGUUAAUUUUUCAAUUGAGAUAUAUCUCGAAAGAGUCUUGAUGAAUGUUACAUAGUAUAUUUAACACUGAUUGUUGCGAAUU